UUCUCAUACUCACUAUCAAACAAAUUAUAUAUUUUUCAUUCAAAAUUUUCUUCAAUUAUUGCAAUUUACCAUCCAUUUAAUAAGAAAUUAAGAGAGAGUUUGAAAACUUGACGAGUUGCAAAACCUUUGAAAAUGUUGUACACAUGUUGUACAGAAUAUAGCAUCCAACACUAUUAGUGACAUCCAACCCGACUUCCUUUUCGUCUCCCGACGUCCGAACAGGAACAUGGGAAAGUUCCAGGCUCCGGCUAAGGGUCGCCCUGCCAAGGGCAAGGGAAAGAAGAAGGCUGAAACCGUCAAGUUCAUUGUUGACUGCACUCAUCCUGUUGAGGAUGGGCUCAUGCAGGUGUCUGACUUUGAAAAGUUCCUCCAGGAGCGUAUCAAGGUGAAUGGAAAGACCAAGAACUUUGGCAAGAAUCUGCACAUUGAGCGUGCCAAGAGCAAGAUCACUGUCAGUGCCAACAAUGACAUCAAGAUGGGCAAGAGGUACCUGAAGUACCUGACCAAGAAGUACCUGAAGAAGAACAGCCUGCGUGACUACCUGCGCGUGGUGGCCAGCUCCAAGGACUCGUACGAGCUGAAGUACUUCAGCUUCGACGACGAUGAGGAUGAGGGCGAUGACAACGAGGAUUAAAUGUCGCAAUAAACGUCAUCUGAUCGUC